AUGGAUCAGCAAAGAAUUUUCAUUCCUCAGGGGACACAUGAUGAUGGGAGAGUUGUUGCUGUGAAGAAACUCUCUGCAACAUCCGACCAAGGAAAGAAUCAGUUUCUAGCAGAAAUUGAGACAAUAUCUGCUGUUCAACAUCGCAACCUCGUAAAUUUGUAUGGAUGUUGUGUACAUGGUGAUAAACGUCUCCUUGUGUAUGAGUUUCUAGAGAACAGUAGCCUCGAUCAUGCCUUAUUUGGGAAAACAAGCCUUCUUAUCGACUGGGGCACUCGUUAUGAUAUAUGUUUGGGCAUAGUGCGAGGACUAGCUUACCUUCAUGCAGAAUCAAGAGUUAGAAUUGUGCACAGAGAUGUGGAGGCCAGCAAUAUUCUGCUCGAUUCAAGUCUUAACCCAAAAAUUUCAGACAUUGGAUUGGCAAAGCUUUAUAAUGAUAAAAUAACUAACAUAAGCACCAGAAUUGCAGGGACAAUUGGAUAUCUGGCACCUGAGUAUGCCAUGCGUGGACACCUAACUGAGAAGGCUGAUGUCUUUGUCUUUGGCAUGGUGGCUUUAGAGAUUAUUGGUGGAAAGCCAAAAUGUGCAUCUGAAGAAGAGGCCUGGCACCUGUACGAGAACGAGCGCCAUGUCGAAUUAGUGGACCCUAGAUUAUCAGAAUUCGAAGAAGAGGAAGUUAAAAGAGUGAUUCACGUGGCCCUCCUCUGCGCCCAGAUGCAGCCAUCUCUAAGGCCGCGGAUGUCCAGUGUAGUGGCGAUGCUUCUGGGACGUACCAAUGUCAUACCUGUGCCUUCAAAGCCAGGGCACUUGACUGAUAACAUGUUUGGCAGUUUUGUCAAUAUGAUGAGCGGAACAGCGACGGAGGGAAAGUUGCGCAGUGACAACUCAUCUCCACAUAUGAGCCUGGCCAACACUGGAGAAGAGUCGCCACAAAGUGCCGUCAAGUCGACCUGCAGGUCUUUGCCCCCAAUUUUAUCCGUCUGCUUGACUUGA